AUGGAGUUUGCAUCUUCUUCUUUAUCAUCAUCAUCUUCGUCCUUCUUAACAUCAGAAUCCCAUUUCAUACACGAUGUCUUCAUCAACUUUGGUGGAGAAGACAUCGGUAAAAGGUUUGUUUCUCAUCUCCACUCUGUACUUUUACAAGCUCAAGUCAAAACUUUUAUUAGCCAGGAGAAUCUGCAUGAGGGAAUGAAGCUGGAAGAGCACAUGAGAGCAAUAGGACACACUAANGUUACAAUAAUCGUUUUCUCCAAAUCAUACACUGAAUCUGCUUGCUCUCUUCUUGAGCUUGAAAAAAUCAUUGAAUGCUACGAAACAUUUGGCCAAAUAGUUGUGCCCGUAUUUUACGAGAUUGAACCAUCGAAUGUACGUUAUCCGAAGGAUGAUUUUGGAAGAGCGUUGGAAGAAGCUGCUCACAAAAGCUAUUCAGGAGAACAACUGAAACAUGCGUUGUCCAGGUGGAGGCUUGCACUCAUCACAGCUGCAGGUAUCCCGGGUUGGGAUUUCAGAAAUUUCAGGUAAACAAAUGAAUCCUUCCUUCUUUCUUUGGUU